CCUUACUAUUACUGUCAUUUUAUCUGCACUAUAUAGUGUUUUUGGCAUCCAUCAUUUAUUUAUAUUUACACACCAGAUAUCCAAUAAUCGCGGGCGAUUGACGCAGGGAUAGAAAGCCAUCGCAUUAUUAAUUCUAACAGAUACUAUAUUGACAGGAUGGGAUGCUGUUUUGUGCUCACUCUGUUCGUUUCGCUCCUUCACGGUGUUUUUGGUGGUGAUGGAGUAAAAGUGUCAGAAAUGGAGGGAGACAAAGUCACUCUAAACACUGAUAUAAUCAAAAAAGAGCAUGAUAAGUUGCUGUGGUAUUUUGAAGACACUCGCAUCGCUCUGAUCAAUGGACAUCCCAACACGAGCUGUUUAUAUGAUGGAGAAGACGGGAGAUUCAGAGACAGACUGAAGGUGGACUAUGAGACUGGAUCUCUGAUCAUCACAAACAUCACAACUCAACACACUGGACUUUAUGAAGCAGAAAUCAUCAGAAGUGAGAGUUCAGGGAAAAGACAAAGUUUAAACAGAAACCGCAAGUGUGAUAGCACAAAAAUCACCAAAAAAACCGGCAUCAGUCAUGAUGAUAACAUAAAAACUUUCAAUGUGAUCGUCACUGCAGCUCUAUCUGAUCAAGUCAAAAGCAACGACGAGCCCAGUAUGGAGAAGAGGGAGUCUGACUUGGAUUCAGGUCUGCCUUUAGCUGCUGUAGCAGGAAUAUGUGCUGCUGUUCUGCUGCUGCUGACUGUUGUAGCUGCUGCUGCUGUGAUCUUCAGAAAUGGAAUAAGGAAGAAUGAAAACAAUGGACUACAGCGCAAAGAAGAGAAGGAGAAAGACGAUCCCAAAAGUGUCAUUAUAAAAUGAGGAAAGCGGAAGCAAUCUUCUCUUUAAAACAUAUACUUACAUAUAUACAACACUUUAAAGGGGGCAUAACACACACAUUUUCACCUAAUCUUGUGUUAAUCUUUACUAUAAAGUAUAACUGCAUCCUUAUUAUCUCCAAAAAAGUGUUUGGUUUGAUCAUAUUGAUAAGAGAAAGAUACAGCUUUACGAUUCUCUCCGGAAAAAGGCGAGCUCUCGGAGGCGUGCCGUGGGCGGAGCUAAAGAGUGAUGAGCACUUGGGCGUCGAAUUUGAUACUGAUUAAGGCUUACCGUCAAUUUACCGGCAGUUCUGUAUCUUGACCAGGAUAUUUUAAAGCUGGGACCAUUCCAUAUAUAAAUCUCAAACCUUUGUUCAAAUCCAGCAUUGAACUGGACCUUGUUUAUAAAACAUUUGUCAACAAACACACUUGUAAAACUCCUUUGCUGUCGCGUAAAAUUAGACAUCUCUGAGAUGUUUCUGUUUUGAACAUGGCUCCUGAUGACUAAUUUAUUAUGUGUUUCUGUGCCCACGAGCAUAUGUCCCUUGCUAACGAGAAGCUAUGCUUCUAACCACAGGUGGAGAGCUGUUUUCCCUACCACAUCAGAUUGUGACACUAUGUUUCAGGAUGUUCGUUUGAACUAAUGUUUCGGGGAAAACGGGGCGUUUCCUGAACAUUCCUGUAAAACGACGGAACUCGCUGAUUAACCACCAUAGUGCGAUGCAUUGUUGUUGAAACAAACUCAGUUAGCUGGAUUUGAUUAUUGAGGAUUUGGCAUGACUUUGGAUUGUUUGGUUCAUCGAAGCUCGUCCCAGUGUUGAUCGCAUCUUUUUAACCAGAACUGAUACUUAAAAUCUGUCCGUUACUGCAGCUACUUUAUUACUAGAGUAUCCUACUGAUCCAGGGACAAUCAUUUUAAAUAAUAAUGAUUUUAUUAAAUUAAUUUAAAGACAGUAUAAUAUUGUUGAGUAGUCUUUAAUACUAUAGACACAGAACGUUUUACUAUUCAACAUAAAAUAAGUACUUCAUGAUUGUAUUAGAAGUCUUGCACACAGAUAAUAUAGAGUUGUGCAUUAAUUUGAGUGAUGACAGAUAUUAUCGGAUAUAUUAAUGCAGAUAACAUGAUCUUGACUCUUAAGAAACUCUCACACGGCAAACCUGUUUCAAAGAUCAAAAUUUAUUUGAAAUAUGAAUAGCUUAUUACUACUUUGAAAUAAAAACGUAACGCCUGUACAAAUAUUAGAAGUCAUAAAUAUAAAUUAUCGAGCAGCCAUGAAAUGAAAUGCGUGCAGCUACAAUUAUGUAAUAUAGCCUACCUCAUGUAAACUGCGUUACACUCACUGUACACUGAUCUAGAGUAUAUAUUUACAUUCAAUCAAUUAGCAAAUGGUUUUAUUCAAGUCGUGAUGAUGAACAUCGCAAGCACUUUAUUACAUUAGUUAUUAAAAUAAGCUGAAUAAGGACAGAUCUUUGAUCCACCGCAGGUCAACGGCGAGGGUUAAGGUUCUGGAAAGUGACUUUGACGUUUGUUGAUUCUUUGUGCAAUAUAAAAUACGUUACCAAAUAAUUGUAAGACACAGCUAUUUUAAGUUUACGCACAGGACAAUUGAACUUUAUAAACUAGUCAAAAAUGAGGAAAUUGUCUUUGUCAAAAUGUUUUAUAUUGACAUUAUGUGUAACACAUUGUGUAAACUUUUACUGUCAUUGCUCAGAACUGAGGUUGAAUUGAUCUUUCAAGCUUCAUCCAUAAACUGUGUAAUGUUUUUAUAAUAUUAUUCUGUAUUCUGGAAGUCCAAUUUAUUUUCUCUAUUGAAAAACUGGUGAAUGAUUCUGUAUAAACUACAGAUAUGUAAGCAAGUAUACUUACUUAAAAUGAGAUGAAGAAAGUUGUAGUUUAUGUAAUUUAGAUUACUCAUUUAUGGUAAAGAUUCUGUGCUUAUGUUGCUGAGGUGUUUUUCCUGUUCCCCACACUGUUCUCCCCACAGGAGCAUAGUCUGUUUUGUUUUUCUUUCUCUUCCCUCUCCUCAUGUUAUGCUGUAUUUAUUCAAUGCCCUGUCUUCCUGUCCUGUCCACCCCCUUGUCAUAUUGUAUGUAUUGACAGUUUGAUGGCUAAUUGACCAGUGACAAUAAAGGCUACUACUACUAAUGUA